GCAGUAACGCCGCCACCGCCGCACACUUUACGGCACACACGUGCUUCCUGCGCUCUUCCAUGUCCUUCACCGCUCCGCGUCGCAUCCAGAGACGAUCUUUGAGUAAAUCUGAGUGAAAUGAUGGCCAAACUGAGCAAAGAGAGCAAGCAGCGGCUGCAGCAGGUGUUCCAGUGCGGCCAGUUCAUCAUCCGCUGGGGCUUCAUCCCCACCGUGCUGUACCUGGGAUUCAAGCGGGGAGCCGAUCCGGGGAUGCCUGAACCCUCGGUCCUCAGUUUGCUUUGGGGAUGAAGACGCUCCUGACGGAAACCCCAGACCUAUUCACAAACCCGAUGAAGACGCAGACGAGCAUCUCACGGGACGCUGUGCUGGGAUGUAAAUACCUCACCCAGCUUUUUGUGUUAUUUUAAGACUUUUGCUUCCUCUUUCUAAAACAUUGCAUUGAGAAACACACAAAAUGUAACUGAGCUUUCUUUGUUGUUUUUUUAUUGAAUCGAAUUAGAUGAUUGUAAACAGUCAGCAUGUUGGUCUCAGUCUUUCAGUUUCAAAUAAACCAAACAAGUUCAUGAA